CUUUAUCUUUUUGACUUCGUAGGCUUGGAUAUCAUCGCUAACAAAGUUUUAACAGUACAUACCUUUGAUGGCCUCCCUCAUUCGCAACGCCAAGUCUGGUAACGAUUGGACCAGCAAUGAACUCCUAGCGUACAACAUCACGGUCGAUUACCAGGAUGCUGCCACCUUUUUCGAAAUAGAAAACCUUCCCCAGCCCACCGCCAAUCCGGAUAUCCUCACGGCUUCAGGGCCUAACGACGCAGUUGACGACAGCGUUUACGAGCUCCUGCGCACCAUGGACCUCGCUAUGUCUCCUGCUCCAGCAGAGGAAUCUGCUGUUGAUGACUAUGCAGUACUGCUGUUACGUGCACUGGGCUACACGAAGAGAGGAAGGGUUCUGAGGACGAGGAAGGACAUCCCUCUCGUCAUUUGUGCCGAAAAUAGGCACGUCAAAACCGAUGUGUGCAUCAUUGACGAUAAUCAAAUCUUGCUCCUUGUACAAGAAGACAAGCGACACUUGGACAGUUCAGAUGCCGAACCGCAGCUCAUUGCUGAGGCCAUCGCCGCUUUCGCUGCAAAUAAUCUGACUCGCCAACGAACCUUCGGACAACGCCCCAUUUAUUCCAAAGUCAUGGCCGGGAUCGUUAUGAAUGGCACCGCACCAACUUUUUACAAAAUUGAGAUUACAGCCGCACUCGUAACUGCCGUUGCUGGAGGUGUUUACCCAGAAGCGCGAACCACUGUCUAUGCACACAUUCCUAAUAUCCCAAGACCUAACCGCCGUUGGAGUGAAGGCAUGAGGCCGUUGGAUAAUAGGGCUAUUAUUAUAUCUUGCUAUGAAGCUUUCAAAAAAUUUGUAAAUUAGAGGGAUCCCAGUCUUGAUAGUGAGAAGAUUCAACAGACGAAGUGUAGGAUUGAAUGUGACAUUGCCGAGUUCCUACUGUUUUUUUAUUUGCAUUGUACUACAUACUGCACAAAGUUCUUUGUGAGCUUGAGCGUCAUCAG